AUGGAUAACAUCCUCUUUGAGUUCAUUGGUGACCACGCGGACAAUGUUGAUGUUUAUGAGGAGACAUAUGCACGGCCCCAGGCAGAGGUGGAGCCCACAGACACUGGCACCACCACCGUUGACUUAGAGUUGGGAACCAAAUUUGAUAUUUUGGAGAGCAACGAACCGAAAAGUCCUGGGAAAAAUCCUGCGGAUAGUCCAUUAAUAAGUUUCCUGCCUGAGAUUUCUGACCAUCAGCUGAUUGAGAGUCCUAUGGACACAGAGGACACACAAAUGGAUUUAAACGAAUUGCAAUGCCAGUCUAAGAACCUAAGCCUCCCGUCCUUGGAAAACAAAGAGGAGAUCUCCUCAGCCCAAGAAUUCCAGCCCAUGGAGAUUACUACCCAGCCAACCGAUGUAUCCGUUUCAGAGACAGCAGAUUGCGAAGCUGCAAGUAUUCCAAAUAAUGAUCAGCAACCAGUAGUCAAGGGGAAAAAAGAAGAGAAAAAGCGGAAGAAAGCCAAAGAACAGAUUGUGUCCAGUAAAACCCCAUUGCCCUCUAUUACAUUUUUAUCACCAACCAUCAUCACCAAUAACAACUUGGCCAACAACACCAACAACAUUUUUAUCACCAGUGAAGGACACAACACCAAAAACACCAACACUGACAUCACCAUUGCCCUCUAUUACAUUUCUAUCCCCCAUGAGGGAUACAACACCAACACCAACAAUACCAAAAACACCAACACCAACAUCAUCAUUGCCUUCAAUUACAUUUUUAUCGCCAAGAUUAUCCUCGUUACCAUCCAUUACAUUUUUAUCACCGAUGAGGGACUCAAUGCCUUCACCAACAAAAACUAG